AUUAAUAUUUGACUUAUUUAUUUAUUUUUGUUUACCAUGAACGAUCCAAAUAAGAAAAUCAGCGUGAAUUUGUCCUCGCUACUCAGCUUGAAAGCAGAACUACUAAGGAAGCAGCAUGAAGUUAAGCUGGCCAAGGCGACCAAGGUGACUGCCAGCGAAUUUCGGCCCAUAAAGAUGACUACCGAAAAGGAAAAGCUAAAGUCCAAGAAUCCUGACUACAAAAAGAUUGGCACCAGCGAAGACGGAUCCAAGGUGUACGAGGCGGAAGACACCCUUGAGUUGGAAAGGUCGAGGCGCGUUUUGGAGGCCAAGAGCAAGUACUACGAAAGGAUGAGUCGUAGCGGCGGCAGUCUGAACUCCGAUGACCACUGCCUGGUCAUGUUCAAUCGCAAGAAGCAGGAGGAAGGCCAGGAGGUCCGAAGCCAAAGGUAUAGUCCCCAUCGAACACCAAGCAGAAGUAGCAGUGAAGAUGAGGGCGACGAUGACGACGAAGUGGAGUACAUCGAUUGCCUGGGACGCACAAGGAAAUGCCAACGUAAAGACUUGGCAGAGGCGAAGAGACGCGAUGAAGAACUGGGCAGAACCAUGCCACAGCGCCUGGACCAGAGCAAGGCCAAUUGGAUGAUCGACACCCAAGGCACUAAAAAUGACGAGGAUAAGGAUGAGGAGCCUAGUUACGGUCCACCGGCACCGGAAAGCAUUUGCAGCGAUGCCGUAUCCACAAUGACCAAGCAUGAUGAACAACGCAUGAAUUGGGAGAUCAAGGAGCAGGAGAAUUUUGAAAAGCCAGAUGUCCACUACCAAGACGUCUUUUUCGAUGAAGCGCGUACUCAUGGCGUUGGAUACUAUGCCUUCUCGACGGACGAGGCCGAGCGCAAACAACAGCAAGCAGAGCUGGAAGAGGCGAGGAAGGCCACAGCCGAGGGGCAGAAACGCCGGGAUGAAAUGCGCGCCAAGAGAGAUAGUAUUGUGACUGAUCGAGUACUAGCAGCCAAAAACAGGAUUCGAGCACGUGAUGGCCUUCCUCCCAUAAGCAAAGAGGAGUUCGAAAAGGAGCAGUUACUUAAGAAGCAGGAGGAGAUGGCCGAAAAGGAUCGGGAGCGGAAAGAACGAGAGAAGCAAGAGGCCCUGGAUCAAGAAAAGGCAAAGCAAGAGGCAGAACUGGAUGAGCUGCGCAAGGAGCAUGUACGCGAUUGGGACCGUAAUAAGCCAGGCGUAGCCACGCGUUCAAAAUCCGAAUCCUCCGAGGAGGAAUGGAAAUACAAAGCAGAAAGGUUUCCCCUGUCUCAGGAAGCAUGGAACGAGAAGCAACGCGCCCUGCGUCAGGAGGAAUUUGCUCCGAUGUCCGAACCAAAGCGUACCAAUUUCUCCAGUAUGCCACCACCACCGGCGUGGGUAAGGGGCGAGACUCAAGAGUUCCGCAACUUCCACACCAGCAAACAAGAAAGAUCAUUCCAACGACGAAAUUAUAAUGGUUCCAGCGAAGAGAUGAAUGAUGAUGAGCCCAGCACUUCAUCUCGCCAAAUGGGGGCUGCUAUCCCACCACCUGCCGGUCUGAAUGAUAAUGCUUCUUUGCCACCAGCAGCCAAGCGGCCAAAGUCUCAAGCGGAACUGGAGCGAUCCAUCGAAGCUGGUCUGAAAUUCCUGCGCGAAAAUUGCGACAAAGGUGCGCUUGGCAACAAGGCCACCUGGACCGCAAAGGCUGACUACUAGUUUAGUAAUUGACUCAAUUUUCUUUGUUAAUAGUUUAUUGCUUCGUAAAAAGAAUACUUUAGAAAAACACAAUACACAAUACACGCGACCUA